CCAUUCAACGCACUUUUCACUUCGUUUCCAGGACACUAACGAGCGGUUUUGCCUAAAAUGUUUCGCUGUGGAAUCGCUUACCCGAGGUGCAGGUGGAUUCUGCCUCUCCUGCUGCUGUUUGCGAUUAUUUUUGACAUUAUUGCCAUCGCAGCGCAGUCCGGAUGGGUAGAGGACGAGAACGCCAAAUCCCAUUACGCCAGUAUGUGGAAACAGUGUCGAGGCCGAAACGACCAGUGGGAAUGCAAAUCUCUCAUGGAGAACUCAUGGGCGCAGGCCGUCGCUGCCCUGAUGAUCAUUGGUCUCAUCAUCCUCAUCCUCGCCUUCAUCAUCUCUAUCGUUGCCCUCUGCUGUACCCUUAACAUGUCUAUGCUGCCAUUAAUCGGAGGCUUCCUUAUCGUUGCUGUUGUCGUCCAGAUCAUCGCUCUGAUCAUCUAUCCAGUCAAGUUCAACGAAUUAAUCUAUGAAGGUUAUUAUGACUACACGUGGGCAUACGGCUUUGGCUGGGGUGCCACCAUCCUGAUGUUGGGAUGUGGAAUCCUCUUUUGUUGUCUGCGAGGCUAUGAGGAUGAGCUCGCUAAUGCUGCCAAGAUCAAAUACAUCUACAGCUCUGAAUAAAAAAAAAACAAUAUAGUGCAAAUCUUUGAGGACUGUUAACCACCUGGGCCUUAAUGUCAAUGCUUUUUGCUCUCCAAAUGCAUUGUCAUGUUUGAAAACAAAUUAGAGAACCUUACUGACUCUGGGGGCUGUGAGUGGAGCUAAACUGCGUUCGGCUUUUUACUCUUGGGGCUAAAGCAAUGACCUUUGCUUUCAUUUUAAAUAGAAUUUUCUCAUCGUUGAAAAAUAUCUGUCGACAGUUUGCAUCACAGUGUUCACGUUACACGUAUUAGAUGUAAAUAUUAUUCGUUAUAAUUUGAACAGCACUAACAAUAUGUAUUCACUAGCCGUUUGGAAAGUAUAUAUGUAGUUUGUACUGGGUAGUGGUUACAUACUUCUGUAACAUGAACAUUGAAUGUAAAGUGUGACGCCGUUAUUUGUAUAUUGCUCAAACAUCUCUGCGCUAAGAAAACAUUUGUAAUGUUUAUGAACUUUUAUGUUUUGUCAUUCCAUUAUGACCCUUUUUUAUUUUUUAAUACUUGAUUAUACACUGGUGAAUAUCUUCAAAUGUCCUUUGCUGUCAGCACAAUGAGUCUGUUUGAUGAAGAUGUUUUUUUUUUUUGUGAUGGCCUGGUGUAUGCUAAAAAAAUGCAACAAAUAACAGUAACUAGAUGUUUUUCUAUGCUUUAAUAAAGUGUAAUAUUGUAAGCUCUUAAUACAUUCACAUCUUCAUUCAUUACUAAACUAAAAUGAGUAUCUUGGUAGAGAGUUGACGCUUAUGUGCAACAGAUGUGAUAUUAUAAACUAUAGUGUGCUAGGCUUGUAAAGUAUGCAACAUGGUAGGUUUUGUUCAUGUUUUACUAGAUUCUGAUUAAAUGUUUGAAUUGUA